GGCUAAUUUCAGGUGAUGGCUGUUACUGCACAAGUGCAAGCACUGACCACAAAGGUUCGAGCUGGAACAUUCUCUACAGAGAAGGGUCUGAGCUUCUUGGAAGUGAAGGACCAGCUGUUGCUUAUGUACCUCAUGGACCUGAGCCACCUCAUCUUGGACAAAGCCUCAGGAGGAUCUCUUCACGGACAUCCUGCAGUCUUGAGACUGGUGGAGAUUCGCACGGUUUUAGAAAAACUUCGUCCCUUGGACCAAAAACUGAAGUAUCAAAUUGACAAACUGGUCAAGACUGCAGUGACGGGCAGCCUCAGUGAGAAUGACCCACUUCGUUUCAAACCUCAUCCCAGCAAUAUGAUAAGCAAGUUGAGCUCUGAGGAUGAAGAGGAAGAUGAAGGAGAGGAGGGCCAGUCUGAGGCUGUAGGGAAGAAAUCUGUAAAAGGAGCGUCUAAGAAAUAUGUCCCCCCACGCUUGGUUCCAGUACAUUACGAUGAGACAGAAGCCGAGCGGGAACAAAAACGGCUGGAAAAAGCCAAGAGACGGGCGCUGAGCAGCUCCGUCAUCCGGGAGCUGAAGGAGCAGUACUCGGAUGCCCCAGAGGAGAUCCGGGACGCCCGGCACCCUCACGUCACUCGCCAGAGUCAGGAGGACCAGCAUAGGAUUAACUAUGAGGAGAGCAUGAUGGUGCGGUUAAGUGUUAGCAAGCGAGAGAAGGGACGGCGAAAGCGAGCAAGCGUUAUGAGCUCACAGCUUCAUUCCCUCACACACUUCAGCGACAUCAGUGCUCUGACGGGAGGGAGCGCUCAUCUGGAUGAAGACCAGAAUCCUAUUAAAAAGCGGAAGAAGAUACCUAAGAAAGGUCGGAAGAAGAAAGGUUUUCGGAGGCGCCGGUGACAUGCUUGUGCACUUUGUAUCAUCCUGGGUGUUUCUAAUUUCACCGUAUGUAGGUGUUCUCUUUGGGCUGUGUUUGCCUUGGAAAUGUAGGAAGAUCUUUACUAAAUAAAAUUGAUUUUGCUUAUGAAUGAAAGGCCUUUUUGCCGUACAUUGUA